AUGACGGACUCCUUUCAUGGCAUGCGCGUACUUCUCGGGUCUACGUGCUUGUUUGCACUGAUUUUCCACGUCGCCAAUCGUCUGUCCGAUCGGUUUGUCAAAGUGUAUCGGGACUUUUCCAUCCCUGAACAGGGCGACUGGUGUUCUCGAGUCAACUCGACAAUCCAUGCAGUGGUGAUCACUACGGGGACAAUGUACAGCUUUAUGCAUCAGAACUGGGACGCUGACCUGAUGCCUACAAAGGAGAAACCCAUGUACUUGGCCUCUUCACUCUUCUCUUUCUCGUGUGGAUACUUUGUGCUCGACUUGUUUGUGCUGGUACUGUGGCAAGUGCCCCUCUGGCGAGUCUUUGUCAUUCACCAUGUCGUGGCCGUACUGCCGUACUUGAUCUACACGAUGCACUCAGGCUGUGGGAUGGACCUGUACUUGCUGCAGCUGUUCCUCAUGGUCGAGCUCGCCGUCAUUCCGCUUAAUAUCACCACUAUCAUGGAACAGCUUGGCUAUGGCAAGAGCAAGACACACGAGUUCUUUUUCUACAUGACGUAUGUCUGCUGGUUCGUGGCCCGUGUACUACUGCCUAUCUACAAUGUCUACGUGUUGUGGGUGAAGAUCAUCCCGAAAGCGGGAGCUGCACCGCUCUGCACGGUGCCGGCAGCUUUCUGCGGUCAUAUCAUAUGCGCUUUUUGCGUUGGCGUAUUUGUCUUUGUGUGGACGCCCGAUGUUUUAGCCAAGUGGCGGGUGCCAGUGUUGCAAAUGGAGGAAUAUCCAGACUACAAACUCACGAUGCGUCAGUCGAUGACGCCACGUUCGAACCCGAUCUCGACGCCUCCUCAUGGUAACGACAAAUGGGGAGCAAACUAUGGUACCGCGUCCGUCAGUGCUCGAAAAUACCAGCGGACUCCAAAGUCGAUCGUAUGA